AUGUAUCUGCAAGGCUUCGUUCUCCUGGCCAUCUCAUGCCUCGCCAUAGCAGGGCCACAGGUCCCUCCGCCUUCUGGCGCCGUACCCGCAGACAAGCAGCCAAACAAGUGCCUCGAGAGACUCGAUGAGUUCCCCAACCGAUCCAACCGACGUUUCGACAUCUUUGGCGGUCGUUGCGUAAAAGCCCGUACUUACAAGGGCAAGGUCGGCCCAUACAAUGGCGACUUCUUCUUCGAGGCAUGCUGCAAGAACGGCAACGAUGACUACACAGACCCAACUUCAAUCAAUGUCGAUAAAUGUCUCGUGUAUAACCGCGACAAAGCAACUCUUCAAUGGAACAAUGAGAACCGCAACAAGAUCAGGGAUCAUUGCUCCAACUGCGGGUUAGAUAUGGGAGGCGACAAGACUUCUAAGCCUUACCUGAAGUGCAGAUGCAAGAACAAAGACAACAAGGAGGUGGAUGUUAGAAUCGGGGCUGGUGGGGAUGAAAAGGGGGCCCGUGAGCCAAAGAACUCCUUUUGGAUCAACUCUGAAGGGCAGAUUGUUUGCAAGAAGUAG